AUGCCUGAACUCACCAGCCUUGAUCACCGGCUCCUCCUGCAAUCCGGUGUCAUCGGCGAUAAGGAUAAUUGGUCCGGUGUAGCCGAUUCGGUGAAACGGAAAAAGAUUCAAAAUCGCAUCAAUCAGCGGUCCCACCGUGCUCGUCAACGGCAGAAACCGUCGCCUUCCGCUCUCGACCCCUCGACAGCCGUGCCCACGCCCGCCCACCUUAAUGUAGCAACCAUCCCGGCCUUGAUCAGCGCUGUCCUGAAUCACGAAAUAGACCUCAAGAUGCUCAUAGACAAAGUCAGCAUACUUCAGUUGCAUUCGUGGGACAAUCAAGCCAUAAUUCGUGUAUUCGAGACGAUUGUGAGCCACGACAGAAGAACUGGGAUGGUCAGGUUUAAUAUGCUCUCCAGCCUAUCUCAGUUCAAUUUUUCUCGUGCGUUAAUUCUGAAUGCAGACGUUUUUGGCCUUUCUGCUGAUCACAUGCACGAUGAUGCCUGCUCACUAUUCGUCGUUGCUGGGCCUUGGCCCGAUAGCAUAAAUCUCAACACGGAGACUUUGCCUCAUGGUCUUCGGCCGACCCGUCUUCAAUAUCGCACAGAGCACCAUCCUUGGAUAGAUCUGCUCCCCGUAGCUCAGCUCCGCAACAACAUACUUGAGCGAAGAGUUGACUCCUAUGACGAGGAGGGUCUAUGUCGUGCCUUUACGGGGCGUGGUCACGGCCAAGGCCCUGGGGUGAUCGUCUGGCGCGAACCGUGGGACCCUAGCGGAUGGGAAGUCACGGCAGAGUUUGGUCGAUCAUGGGGCUGGAUCAUUUAA